AUGGCAUCUAAACCAAAGGGGGCGUAUACUAGAGCGCCUGUUUUUAACGGUGAAAACUAUGGCUAUUGGAAAGACUGCAUGCGAGUUCAUAUAACUUCGGUUGAUAGGCAUGUAUGGACUGCCAUUCAAGAUGGACCAUUUCAAAUUACCAUGGUGAAUGCUGCAGGAGCCAUUGUGCCUAAACCUGAAAAUACUUGGAAUGAAGAUGAUGAGAAAAAGUACGCAAGCGAUUGGAAAGGUCGAAAUAUGUUAAUUUCAGCUCUUGGUGUUGAUGAAUACUAUCGUGUUUCUCAUUGCACGACUGCUAAAGAAAUGUGGGAUGCUUUAGAGGUUGCCCACGAAGGUACCUCCGAAGUAAAACAGUCCCGUAUCAACACACUCAAUCAAGAGUUUGAGCUCUUUCGCAUGAAACAAGGAGAAUCUAUCUCUGAAAUGCAAAAGAGAUUUAUUCACCUUACUGGUCGAUUAAAUGCUCUUGGAAGACCUGUUUCCAAUGAAAAUGCUACUAAUAAAAUUUUGAGAUGUCUUAGAAGGGAAUGGCAGCCUAAAGUUACAGCCAUCAAAGAGGCCAACGAUCUCACCACGCUAACUAUCACAUCGCUGUUUGGUAUGCUCGAAGAACAUGAGCAGCAACUGCAAAGUCUAGAAAACUAUGAAAACAAGAGUAAAAAGGAAAAGAAUAGAGACAAGGAGGUGGAGAAGAAGCCAUUAGCUCUCAAAGCUUCUAGUUCCAAGUCCUCAAAGAUAGACAAAUUUGAUGAUGACUCAACUAGUGAUGAAGAUUCGGAUGAUGAAGAAAUGGGGCUGUUCGUUCAGAGAUAUAAUAGAUACAUACGAAGAAAUGGAAUCAAACACUCCGACAAAAAUCUAGCGAAGUUUCGUAGACAAUCCACCAAAUCAAAGCAAGAGGAAAGUAAGAAAUAUAGAGGCAAAGGAUCCUGUUUUAAUUGUGGAAAAUCUGGACACUACAAAACUGAAUGUCCCAAAAUUAAGAAAGAAAAAGGGCCGGUAUCAAAGAAAUCCAACAAACAAAGGCGAGCUUACAUAGCAUGGGAAAGUGAUAGUGAAUCGUCAACUGAUGAAGACUCAAGUGACGAUGAUGAAAGCGCAAAUCUAUGUCUCAUGGCUCAUGACUACAACCAGCCUCACCACAAGAAGAAAAGCGAUCAAAAGAAAGUAAGACAAGCCUACUAUAAUAACUUUAACUCUCUUACUUUUUCUGAACUGAAAAUAGCUUUUGAAAAACUGCAUAAAGAAGCCGUUGAAGCUUUUAAACGACUAUCCUCCGACAAACAAAUUUUUUCACACUUGGAGGGUAAAGUUUACAAAGCCGAACAAGAUCUAAAAGAUCUAAAAGCUAGCAUUGCAGAAAAUACAAAGAAUAUUGAUGGAUGUAUAGAAACUAGAUAUUGUGGAGUAUGUCACAUUUGGCAGCAAGAGGUAAAAACUCUUAAUGCUAAAUUGGAAAAGGCUUUACAACCCAAGGUUACUUUUGCUAUUGAUCCAACGAAUUUUAAAAAGACAUUGAAUCCUCCUUAUGCAAAAUAUUCAUUUGUUGAAAAGAUUGCAAAGGAUUCAAUUAGCAAAAGUAAACAAUUCCAUCAUCAUGGUUUAUGUCAUUAUUGUUGUCGAAAAGGUCACACCAUUGAGAAAUGCAAGUUUAGGAGAUUCCUAGUUCCUAAAGGCAUUUACCAAUGGAAACCCAAAGACAACCAUGUUACUACUUACCCUAUUGGACCCAAUGAAAAUUGGGUACCAACCUCUCUCUUUUGA